UUGGCUCAAGUUCUAGAUUUCAAUACUGUCAUCAAUGUUUAUCAAUUGAAGCAGCUCUGUAAUACAAAUGUAGCAAGAAUGUGGCAUCAAUGGCUUUAAUCACUGUUCUUCGCGUCAACAAAUUGUUUUUCUUUGUCGGGGUCUGGUCUAUAUUUCUUUGGAUAUCAAUGAGUUCAAAGUGGUAGGAAACCGGCGUUCCUUUUGUAUCAUUAACUAUAUUUACUUCGAGAUAAAGGCAGCAAUGGAAGGCUUGAAAAGGAUUGUUGUUCGGAUUGCUUACACUGCAGAUGACCAUGUUAGUGCAUUAUCUCCAGUACACCGUUGUUUAUGCCCUUUUCUAUCUGCAGCAUCUCACCUCUAUGCAUUUGCUGUUAAGUUCCGGGAGAAGCUAUACACAUGGGGUAUAUUCAAGCCCACAAGGUUGGCUGUGCCUGUGAUAAGUGUUGGGAAUUUGACAUGGGGAGGGAAUGGAAAGACACCCAUGACUGAGUUCCUUGCUUUGCUCUUUGUAGAAGCUGGGAUUUCUCCUCUAAUUCUCAUAAGGGGUUAUGCAGGUGGAGACGAAACAAGGAUGCUUCAAAGACAUUUAAUUGAUACUGCUAUCAAGAUUGGUUCAGGUCCAAAUCGGGGAAAUAUUGCUGCAUCAUUUCUUCAACAAUAUGGUGUGAUGAAAUGUAAUAGAAAAUCAGACUCAACAGGCAAUGUUUGCCUAUUUAAGGACUGUGACACAUUUGCAAACAAACUUGGCAAUGAGAUAGGAGUUAUAAUUUUGGAUGAUGGCAUGCAGCAUUGGAGUUUGUCCAGGGACUUGGAUAUUGUAAUGCUAAAUUGUAUAAACUUGUGGGGCAAUGGGCACAUGAUUCCACGUGGCCCCUUGAGGGAAUCUCUUAAAGAGUUGAGGUGGGCAGAUUUGAUAGUCCUACAUCAUGCAGAUUUGAUUACAAAUGAAAAGCAUCAAUAUAUCAGUGCUGUGUUGGAAGAUGUGUUAAAGAAAAAGAUCCCCAUUUUUCUUAGCAAAAUGGUCCCAUGCUACUUUUUUAGAAUGCAAUGCCAAUUUUCAAAGGUUCCUUUGAAUACAGUUCAGAAUAAGGUUGUGUUGUGUGUUACAGGCAUUGGUUGCCCUGAGUCACUUUCGUUGGCCAUGCAAAAGUUGGGUGCAGCACAUGUUGACCGAGUGGACUUUUGUGAUCACCACAACUUUCAAAAUAAGGAUUUGAAUAUAGUACAAAAUAAGCUUCAAUGUUUGAAGGACGAAUUUGGAAAUAAAGCUAUUAUUGUUUUGACAGAAAAGGAUUAUGAAAGAAGUCACACAAUGUUUUCAAAGGUUGAGGCUCUGGACGUUCUUGUUCUACAUUCUACUCUAACCAUUUUGUGUUCAGGAAACUCAAAAACAAGAUUGAAAACAAUGCUUCUAAACAAAGUGAUCCGGAAAUGAUAAUUGAAUGUGAGACUUGCGUGAACCCAUGAAUUGUACUGUAACUUUCGAUCACAAGAUAUCAGUUAAUAGAAGUUAAUUUAUGGCAGUUGAAAAAGCUGGCAUCAGAAUCUUUGAUAUGAUCAGUUGACACUGACAACCUUUCUAUUUUGGGAGUCACAUAACACAUGGUCUUGCCAGUUGAUUAUGUGCAGAUUGGUUUCUGUCAAGUUCAUUAUGUCAAUUUUGGAUAUGGUAUUUUUCUAAUGUUCAAAUCCAUAUAUGAUGUCAAGCAUGAUUGUAAAAUAUCUCUUAGAAAACUGGAAAUAAGUAAUUUUUGAACUAUAAAUGCCUCGGGUUUCUUGAAGCAAUCACUUGGUUCUUUUUGCUUUCA